GGACGAGGUGGUUGUCAACAACAAUUCUGCUAAAAUAUUGAGAUAAAUCACUCGCUUUUAACAGUGUAUAAAGGCACAAAAUACUCGAAAUCAUGUCCGGUUUGUCGCGUGAAAUAUUGAGAUGGUUACAGAGUUUAGAUCUGACGUGGCAGAUAAAGAAUCCUAAAAGAAAUUUCACAAAUGGAUCACUUGUUGCUGAAAUUUUUUCUUGGUACUACCCUGAAGAAAUACAGAUGCACAUGUACAACAAUGGGACCUCAUUAGAUUCAAAACUUAGGAAUUGGUCUUUACUUCGAUUGUUCAUCAAAAAGCAUGAUCUCAAUAUCCCGGAUGAAUUCAUUGAGGGAACUAUUCACUGCAAGGAAGGAGCAGCUCAACUUCUUAUAGAAAAGCUUUAUGAAAUCCUAACAAAUAGAGCUGUUAAAAAGAAACCUCUGGAAUAUGAGGUUGACUUCACUGACCAUGCCUACCAAGCAAAGCUACCGAUGCAUGCCAGAUCAACAGCAUCUAAGGCCAUCAAAAAUAACCUGAGCAUCACUGAGAUAUUAGCUGAUCGAAAUAUCAUUCUUAACCAACAAAAGGCACAAACAAUAAUCAACAACCAUGUGGAACAUCGUCAGAUUGAACGAUUAGAGGAUCCAGAGAGGUUCAACAUUAAGCCUACACUUGGUGACCUAAGUCAAAGGAAACCUCCACCACCUCCUCAGACCUUGUCACAAGAAAGCACAUCACUUUCUCAGCAAAGAUCAUUUGUAAAGAGAUCAAAAGAAGCAAGCACGUUAAGUCAGGAACCAACGUACCAGUUCCGAGAAAUCGAAGUCAAACAGGUACACAAGAAGACGCCUUCUUUCCAAGGUGUUUCUGUGGAGUCUUAGACAAAAAAGCCAAAUGGACUUGAAAUUUGUUACAGUAAAGACAUUUUACUAUAGAUGAGUCCCGCUUGAUCCUUUGAAAUCACUGAGUGGCACAACCAUAUCUUGGGUCCUAGAAAUAAAAAAAUUGAAAGCGUACACUCUGAUAAAAAUGUGACAUUUCAUAGACAGAGAUUCAUCUGAGGUCAAUCGUAUUGACCGAUGAAUUCAUCUAUAAAAGAAGAAAAAAGCCUUCCAGAAUCCAGUCUAGGUUGGAGACUUGGCUGUACUCCUGAGAAGUGGAUUCCAGCAAUGCAAGCAAAGAAACCUUGUAUGAAAUCACUGUGAUGUAAUGUUGUACAUCCUCAUUCCUGCUAUAAUCAAAUGCUCCCUCAGAGCAAGCCUGUGAUAAUAGACAGUUCGUCUGUUCUCAAAUUGCCUCCUUCUAUUCAUUAUUGUUUAACCCUUGGUAUGUAUUUCUAUUUUUUGUGUACAGGCAAUUUGACAAUUCCUAUCUCUCUUCAUGCCAAUAAAACCUGUCACAAAAUCAA